UCUCUCUCCUCUGGCUCCUCAUUUAUACAUUUUUACAAUCCAAGAAAACCCAUCUUCUCCAUUCUAAUAUAUUUUACCCAUUGACCCACCAAAGAAUUAUUUUUUUUCUUUUUUUGGAUUUUUAAAUUUGUUAAUCCUUACCUUGUUUCAGAUUUUAAAGGAAAAUGCCACCUUGCGUUGUUUAUACAUUUGCAUUAUUGGCACACUGGGAUUUUCCAUUUUUUCUCCUCUUUUGAACAUAUCCAGAUUUGGGGUUCUUCUAUUCUAUUCUCGUUUAUGUUUAAAAUUUUCUUCACUUUUAUAUAUUCUUUUCUUUACUCUACUGAACCAGUGGUAGGCAUGUUACCUCUCUCUCUCUCUCUCUCUACUCUCUCUGUACCUUUUUCUCUCUAUGCUACCAAUCACCAAACCUAUGGUUUCUUUCUUGGGUCUCUGACAGAUGUGAGUGGAUUUCUUGGUAUGGGAAGCAUGAGGAGGGAGCUUUACUAGUGGGGGUUGUCAUGUAAACAUCACCUAAAACUAAAGAGACUUGGAGAAUUUGGUGUGUUUGACUGAAUCAAACUCUUACUGACUCUAUUAACUUCUCUUAUUACCCCAAGUCCCCAACCAGGUUUGUCUCCUGGGUUUCUGGUUUUAGAACUCUUAAAAAUUCAAUGGAACCAAGGAGAAGAAAUACUGUCAUCUGUUUUGUGGCUUGGUUCUGGAUUUGGACUCCUGUAACUUGUUUACUUUCUCCCAAAGGUGUCAACUUUGAAGUUCAAGCAUUAAUUGCUAUUAAAGCUUCCUUGGAGGAUCCUCAUGGUGUUUUAGAUGAUUGGGAUGGAGAUGCUGUAGACCCAUGUAGCUGGUCUAUGGUGACUUGUUCUUCUGAAAGUCUGGUCAUUGCAUUAGGAAUUCCAAGUCAGUACUUAUCUGGGACUCUUUCUCCAAGUAUAGGGAACUUGACUAAUCUCCAGAAAGUGCUAUUACAGAACAAUAACAUAUCAGGACCAAUUCCAGUAGAGUUAGGGAAGCUCUUACAACUUCAGACACUUGAUCUUUCAAAUAAUUUCUUCAGUGGUGAAAUUCCAUCAUCAUUGAGCCGCCUGCGAAAGCUCCAAUACCUGAGGCUUAACAAUAACACUCUUUAUGGAGAAUUGCCUAUGUCUUUGGCUAACAUGACCCAGCUUGCCUUUCUGGACUUGUCUUAUAAUAAUCUUAGUGGUCCAGUGCCAGGGUUUCCUGCAAGAACAUUCAACAUUGUGGGAAACCCUCUAAUCUGCGCAACAGGCUUGGAGAAAGACUGCUAUGGAACAAUGCUGAAGCCACUUAGCUUCAGCUCUAAUGGUUCACAGGAUGCUCAAUCUUCAAGGAGACCCAAAAGUCAUAAGGUGGCCCUUGCUUUUGGGUUGAGUCUGGGCUUUAUCUGUCUCUUCAUCCUUGGAUUUGGACUUCUUUGGUGGAGGCAUAGACAUAACAAGCAGAUCUUCUUUGACGUCAAUGAUCAACAUCAUGAAGAAGUUUGCCUUGGCAACUUGAGGAGAUUCCAAUUCAGGGAACUUCAACAUGCGACGGACAACUUCAACAGCAAAAACAUUCUUGGGAAAGGGGGAUUUGGUAAUGUCUACAAAGGGUAUCUCCAAGAUGGGACUCUUGUGGCUGUAAAGAGGCUCAAAGAUGCAAAUGCAAUUGGAGGGGAAAUCCAAUUUCAGACCGAAGUUGAGAUGAUCAGCCUAGCAGUGCACCGCAACCUUCUCAGGCUCUUUGGUUUUUGUAUGACAACAACAGAGAAACUUCUUGUUUAUCCUUACAUGUCCAAUGGAAGUGUCGCUUCCCGUCUUAAAGCAAAACCAGCCUUGGAUUGGAGUACUAGGAAGAGAAUAGCACUGGGAGCUGCAAGGGGCUUAUUGUAUCUUCAUGAGCAAUGUGACCCUAAGAUAAUUCAUAGGGAUGUGAAAGCUGCUAACAUAUUGCUUGAUGAUUACUGUGAGGCAGUGGUAGGAGACUUCGGAUUAGCGAAACUUUUAGAUCAUCGAGAUUCACACGUGACAACCGCUGUGAGGGGAACUGUGGGACACAUUGCCCCUGAAUAUCUCUCCACAGGACAAUCCUCAGAGAAGACAGAUGUAUUUGGGUUUGGAAUCCUCUUACUUGAAUUAAUCACAGGUCAGAGAGCUCUAGAAUUUGGUAAAGCAGCAAAUCAGAAAGGAGUAAUGCUUGACUGGGUGAAGAAACUUCACCAAGAGAAGAAGCUUGAUAUGCUUGUUGAUAAGGAUCUGAAGAACAACUAUGACAGAAUUGAACUUGAGGAGAUGGUUCAAGUAGCUCUCUUAUCAACCCAGUUCCUUCCAGGACAUAGACCGAAGAUGUCUGAAGUGGUUCGAAUGCUAGAAGGUGAUGGGCUUGCUGAGAGAUGGGAGGCUUCUCAAAGAGCUGAUGCUACUAAAUGCAGAGCUCAUGAAUUCUCCUCAUCAGAGCGGUAUUCGGAUCUCACCGAUGACUCUUCAUUACUUGUUCAAGCAAUGGAGCUCUCAGGACCAAGGUGACUUACUUCUCAGAAAGGAAUAAUUUUUAAUAAAUAUAAAAAGGAAUAGAUCCCAUGCCAGAGAAUCCCCCCCCCCCUACCCAAAAGAAAAAAAAAAAACCCAAAUCACAUUUCUUUUUCAUCUAAAGGUUUACAAUAUUAAUUUUCUGUACAUAAUAUGAUUUGAGGAACAGAAGGACAUUAUUUAGAUUGAGUAUUUCUGUCUUUUUCUCUCAGUUGAGUAAAGAAUCUUUCUGGGUAUGUCCAAAGAGUCAUUACAGUUUGUAAGAAAUAAUGCUAUUGAAAUGGGUUUUGUUUGUUGAGUGAAAAUUUUAAAGCAAAGGGUAUAAAAGGACAUGUUGCUCUUCAAGGAUGUCAGGACUUAUUUGUUGUACCAUAUAUAUGCAAAGCAUACGGUCUAUAUUGCAGGGAUUCCUUUCAA